AUGCCUGGUAUUCCCCUCGCCAUACUGAGUAUUACCCUAUUAGCCACCACAGCCCUCUCUUUCGCGGUCCCACAUCUUAGUCUUGCACCGAACAUCCCCUCAAUCCCCAGCCUCCCCUCCAUCCCAAACAUCGCCGAACUCUUACCCGAUCAACCCCUUUACACCCGCCCCACCCACCCCAUCACCACUAUCCUCGCCAUCGGCGACUCCUACACCGCCGGCGAAGGCGCCAACGGCUUCCCCGACUACAUCGCCUCCUCCGCCAACUGCGACCGCUACAAGCAGUCCUGGCCACUCCAACUAAUCGCCGAUCCUGCAUGGGACAGCUUCAACGGCAAAAAGCCAGCCCUCGUAUUCGGCGCAUGCUCCGGCGCCACAAUGAACGACCUCAUCGCAAACCAACUACAGCUAGGCGUCCCAAACGCCUCAGAGGCCUACACGAAAAUCGGCAAACCGCAGAUAGCCGUCAUGACGAUCGGGGGGAAUGAUGCUGAUUUCUUCGGCGCCAUCAACGCCUGCAUCCUCCACCUCUCCCCUUCCCUCCCCUGCUCCCAGAAACUCACCUCCAUCUCCGCCCACCUCGCCUCCCCCGCUUUCGCCACCGCCCUCGCUACCACCCUCGCCACUAUCCUAACAACCGCCCGCGCCGCCGGCGGCGCCGUGCCCCCGGAAUCCUUCGAGCUGUAUGUGGCCGGCUACGUCCCGUUCUUCAACACCCACAACCCCGUGUGUGAUAACGUCUCUUUCAGCAUCCACGGCGACGGCGUGCCGAAGCUGACGACGGAGUUAAGGAAGAGUUUGAAUGCGGUUGUGGAGGAGUUUAAUGGGGUGUUGGAGGGGGUCGCGAGGGCGAUGCGACCGUGGGGGGUUUUUUGGGUGGAUGUGGAUGGGUGGAGUAAGGGGUGGGGCGGACAUCGGUUCUGUGAGCAUACUGCGGCGGAGGGGGAGGUGUGGUUUUGGGGGGGUGAGGGGGAUGGGGGUGGAGAUGUGAGGAGGGUGUUUCAUCCCAAGGGGGUGGGGUAUAAGGUGUUUGCGGAGGCUUUUUUGGAGGCGGUGAGGGGGAAUAGGUGA